GUAGGGUUUGCUCUCUUCUUGAUUUGGGGAGGUUUUUCGUUUCUAGGGUUUGUGAGCUUUUCUUCCUUUGAUUCAAAUGGAUGUUGACGGCGCCAGGAAAGCAGGGACCGUAAAGUGGUUCAAUGACGUCAAGGGAUUUGGUUUCAUCACUCCUGAUGAUGGCGGCGAAGAGCUCUUUGUUCACCAGUCUUCAAUCAGGGCUGAUGGAUUCCGAAGCCUUGGUGAUGGUGAGACGGUGGAGUAUGUGAUUGAGAACGGAUCUGAUGGCCGUACCAAGGCCGCAGAUGUUACUGGACCUAAUGAAGCACCUGUGCAGGGAAGUACUCGCGGUGGAGGAGGUGGAGGCGGAGGCCGUGGUGGUGGUGGUGGUGAUCGUUAUGGGGGUGGUGGCGGUGAUCGUUACGGAGGUGGCGGCGGGUACAACGGUGGUAGCCGUGGAGGACGAGGCGGUGGUGGAUAUGGAGGAGGAGGUGGUGGAUAUGGUGGCGGCGGCGGCGGAUAUGGUGGUGGUGGCGGCGGCUAUGGAGGUGGUGGUGGUGGUGGUAACGCUUGUUUUAAGUGUGGUGAGAGUGGGCAUAUGGCUAGGGAAUGCACUCAGAAUGGUGGUGGAGGCGGCGGCGGAGGUAGGUAUGGUGGUGGAGGAGGUGGAGGUUAUGGUGGACGUGGAGGCGGCGGCGGCGGAGGUGGCUGCUACAACUGUGGUGAAGAUGGUCAUUUCGCCAGAGAAUGCCCUACUUCUAACAACCGCUGAUCAGCUAUCGUGGAUGGUGGAGGAUAUAGGGUAAAUGUGUCUCCUCACAUUUGCUUUGCCUCCAUAUCAUUCUCUUUACCUUUUUUGCUUUCAAUGUUGAUGAAUCAAUGGGUGAACCAUAGUUUAAUAUGUUUGCUUUUGAUAUGAGUUUUUUUGUUGGGUUUGCUGCUUCAAGUUCAUGAUGGUCACCGUUUAAAUUAGGGUUUCGGAUAUGGCACUUUUUUAUUUUACUUUUUUCUAGUAGAAAAAGUUAGGGUUCAAGUAUUAUAACUAUGGUCUUUAUGGGAAUCCAAAGAAUGCAACACUUGUUUCUCAGUGGUAACUUCUUCUCUGUUUAGAUAUGGAUGUAUACAUGACGAUGGCUUAUUGGAAGCCAUUAAUGAAUCUUAAAACUAGGGUUUCCCUAAAGAUCUGUGUCUUUUGGACCCUCUUUUGA